AUGGAACCCGAUGUAAUUCGUGACGCCGACAGUCCCUUUGGCCCCUCCGCGCGUGCCGAUAUCAUCCUGCGAUCAUCCGAUAAGGUUGAUUUCUACGCCUUGAAGGCGUUUCUGAGCUAUUCUUCAUCCUUCUUCGAUGAUAUGUUCUCCCUUCCAUCGCCGGAGAGCAGCUCUGAUGACCAGUUAAGCAAAGGUGGCUUGCCGGUCAUCGAAAUGCAAGAGAAGAGCAGACCGAUCCGAUUUUUGUUGUGCCUUUGCUAUCCCAAUAGCCAUCUAUAUCUCGACGAUAUACUCGAAAUCGACGACAUCGUGCAGACCAUGUUCGCUGCAGAGAAAUACGCCGCUGACGCGACUGGGACAUACCUCUGCAAGAAACUUACCCAAUGCCCUGAAAUGAUUCAGAACCCCCUCCGAGUUUUUGCUAUUGCAUUCAGGUUUGGUUGGGACGACAUCUGCCGGCAAGCCGCCAAAAACACGCUAUCGAAGGCCCCAGAUUUUUGGCCAUUCUCCAAUGAAUUGGUCUACGUGACAGGGGUGGAGAUGUAUCGUCUGAGCCAAUAUCGCAAGAAAUGCGCUGAACGACUCAUAACCUCGGACAAGCUCCGUCAGCUGUUGUUCGACGACGGCAGGAAAAACUACAUUUGGUGGGGGCGCGAGAAUCAUCAUUGGGAAUGUGGCCAAACUGUCAGUAUCAACGCUUUCGUCGACGCGAACACACAUCUCGUGGUACAGCGGUUCAAUGCUGGCUGGUGGGAGCAAUAUCGGGACGGCCUUCUCCAUCGGUUGAAGGCAUGCCCAAGAGGAACAACGGCGCUUGAUGAUAAGCUCCUGAACAACGCGAUACAAAAGUCAAAAUCGUGUCCUGCAUGCAACACCCUUCAGUGUCAGUCAGACCUCUAUAAUUUGAGAUGA